GGUGCGCCUGGACAUUAGUGCGUAAUUUGCGGCCAGCGAGAAUUGCGUGUUUACUAUGUGAAUGCGUGAUGUUUGGCACUGCAGAGAGGAACGCGCGUCUACAGCGGAAUGGCACGCGUUCACUUGAGCACAGCGGACCAACAAGCUGGUGUAGUCUGUAGCAGAUUCACGGGAAUAAAACGACGGCUUGGUUCUCUGCAAUAACACAGGAUUACUGGAGCCGCAGGAGGUGGGUUUUGAAGGGAGAUUUUAGGUUUUAGGGGACAGGGAAGCGAACAAGUCACAGAUGUGAAAAGGCAGGUGCGUUUCACCUCGUUUUUUUCUUUUUUCUUUUUCAAUUCGGCCGGAGCCUUGGAAAUGCAGCUUCUACCUGACAGAUGUGUGGCACCACAACUGCAACCUACAGAGAGCGUCUCCUGUCUAUCUGCUGCUGAUCUGCUGUGGUCGGCUGUGGAGCACUGAGACUGCUGCAGCUGCAGAUCUCAUAAUCAUCAACAUCAACAUCUGCCACUUCAAACGGGACAAGACACAAGAGGACAGAGGACUGACUGAUCAAAACGCCAGCAGUCAGAAAGUACCUGUAGACCAUGACUCCAGCAGAGCUGCUUGCUUGAGAGCAGCAUGAGCUAAUUGAGGACUACCAAACUAAUUGCUGAUUCAAGCUUUUUUUUUUUUUUUUUCCUGCCUGGGGCUGAUGAAAAUGUUCCAGUGUGUCAGUUGACUGACAGGGUAGCAGUGGUGUUCUAGCCCGGGACAUAGCCAGCAGCUGAAGAGCAAACACCACAAAGGAGAUGGCUCGUCCAGGAUCAGGGUUGCUGGUGCCCGUCAAUGGACUGGGAUACCCCCCUCAGAACCUGGCCAGGGUGGUGGUCUGGGAGUGGUUGAACGAACAUGGGCGCUGGAGGCCCUACAGCGCAGCGGUUUGCCACCAUAUUGAGAACGUGCUGAAGGGGGAUGCCCGAGGUACUGUUGUUCUGGGGCAGGUGGAUGCCCAGCUCUCUCCUUACGUCAUCGACCUGCAGUCCAUGCACCAGUUUCGACAAGACACAGGCACCAUGAGACCAGUGCAGAGGAACUUCUACGAGCCCUCGUCUGCCCCAGGGAAAGGCGUGGUGUGGGAGUGGGAGAACGACAACGGUUCGUGGACGCCCUAUGACAUGGAGAUCUGUGUGACCAUCCAGAACGCCUACGAGAAGCAGCACCCCUGGCUGGACCUGACCUCUCUGGGCUUCUGCUACCUCAUCGACUUCAACAGCAUGUCUCAGACCAACAGGCAGAGCCAGCGCAAGAGACGUCUGCGGAGACGCAUGGACCUGGCCUACCCGCUCAUCAUGGGCUCCAUCCCCAAGUCGCAGUCCUGGCCCGUGGGAGCCAGUUCCGGCCAGCCCUGCUCCUGCCAGCAGUGCAUCCUGGUCAACAGCACGAGAGCCGCCUCCAACGCUAUUCUGGCCUCUCAGCGGCGUAAGCUCUACGGAGGGACAGCGGGCAACAAUGGCGCCACAGGAACCCUCACUGUUGUGCGGCAGAGCAACACUUUUGCUGGGACCUCCCUCUGGUCUCCGACAUCCGGCUCCUCCGGCACCAACAACAAUAACAUAAGUGUGGGAGGUGGGCAAGCCAAAGCUGAACAGGUGCAGUUGCCACUGUCCACUGCCAACUUCCCCUGUUCCCCCGUGAUGCCAUCUCUUUCAUCCGCCCAUGGCCACCACGCUCUCACCAUCAACGGACAGAACAACCUGAACCGGCCGGGCACCCAGCGCAUAUCCAUGGGUACAGCCAGAGGAGCCAUCCCACCAGGCGUUCCUGCCCUCCCAGUGAAGAACCUGACUGGGUCUGGACCAGUGCACCCAGCGCUAGCAGGUAUGACAGGUAUCCUGAUGUGCGCUGCAGGUCUACCCGUUUGCCUGACUCGGGCCCCCAAGCCUAUACUGCACCCACCACCCAUCAACAAGAGUGACAUGAAGCCUGUGCCAGGGAUCAAUGGCAUGCGCCGCAAAACCAAGAAAAAGCACCUGAGGAGAGGGAAAAACCCAGAGGAUGUUGUGCGAAGAUACACAGAGAGGAUUAAAGUGGUGCCAGAUGAGGACUGUACCAUCUGCAUGGAGAGGCUGGUCAUGUCGUCAGGCUAUGAAGGCGUCCUGCAGCACAAAGGCAUCAAGCCAGAGCUGGUAGGCAAGCUUGGCAAGUGUGGGCACAUGUACCAUCUGCUGUGCCUGGUGGCCAUGUACAACAAUGGCAAUAAGGAUGGCAGUCUUCAGUGCCCAACAUGCAAAACCAUCUAUGGGGAGAAAACGGGCACUCAGCCUCCUGGGAAGAUGGAAUACCACGUCAUCCCCCACUGCCUGCCCGGCUACCCAGACUCCAAGACCAUCCGAAUCGUCUACGACAUUCCUGCCGGGAUCCAGACCAAUGAGCACCCCAACCCCGGGAAGAAGUUCAGUGCGCGAGGGUUCCCUCGACACUGCUACCUCCCUGACAACGAGAAAGGCAGGAAGGUCCUGAAGCUUCUGAUCAUGGCCUGGGACCGACGCCUCAUCUUCACCAUCGGCACGUCCAGCACCACGGGUGAGUCGGACACAGUGGUGUGGAACGAGAUUCAUCACAAGACAGAAUUCGGCUCCAACCUGACCGGCCACGGCUACCCCGACCCCAAUUACCUGGACAACGUCCUGACAGAGCUGUCGGCCCAGGGGGUCGGCGAGGACAACCUGAAGGACUGAUGGCCGGCUGAGCUGGUGCACAGGAACACAACCCUACCAUGCCCCACCAUCUCCCAGAGAACAGGGACACUGCAUGACGGGCCAACAUGCAGCCGACAACUCUUUACUCCAACACAAAAACAAAAAUAUCCGACAGAAGUGGUGGCACGAGAGCAACGGAGGCAGAAUAGAUGACCUGAUUAUGAUCAACAUUUUGAUUUGUAUAAGCUAAGACCCCCCUCCACACGCCCCCACCCCUCCGUGCUGUCUCUUGAUCUCUUGAUCCAUGCCUUGAGCAUGUUGUGUUGAUGCCAAAUUUUCUCAGAGGUUUGAGGAAUGUAAAGAAAAGGUGUGGUUUCUGUCUUGAUGUUGGCUGCAGGUCAAUGGUAUUUAACCCCUUUUAGAUUCAAACUAAAGCUGUUCCUCUGCACUUGGAGUAAAAUGACGAGGGGCCACAACUAUACAAAGGCAUCUUUGUAAAUGCUGAACUCCAGAAUGCAUGGCCCAGACUAACGCUGCAUAAUGAAUGUUGAGCGAAUAUCUGCGAUGGGGUGAGCUGUCAAUGGAUCAGUUGCUGUUUGAUAUUGUGAUGAUACAUUUAAGAGAAUUUCAGCUUUACGAGUUAAUCAAAAUGAAUUGAUUGUUUGCUUCCUCCUUUUACUCUUAAUAAUGAAUCGUGGCCCUGCAACGAGUGGUCGCACUUGGUUUUGUGAUUUGAAGGAGAGGAUUUUGACUCUGGUGAUGUCAUUGUAAGGCUGCACUGGACGUUUCCCACCUCUGACACUACAGAUCAGUUGUUCUGUAAAGUGGAAGUGCGUGAUGUAGUGCAUGAAGUGGAUUCCAGAGAGCUAUGAAAUAUUAGUGUUUGGUAAUAAAUGUAUGUUGUAUGGUUAACCUUGUGGACUGUCUAUGAGAGGAGACAUGAAAUAGAUAAAACAAGCAUCUCACCGCUCAGUUUGACGCUUGUUGCGAGGUGUUGUAGCUUGAAAGGCUGCGGUUGUGGAGCGGGAUUUGCUGCGCUCUCAAGGUUAAACUCAUUUGUUUAGUUGACACAUGGAUGAUGCUGACCUUCGUGAAUAUAAAGCCCACAUUAUUAUUCUCCCCGUUGGAGUAAACCUAGGCAUUGGCGUGAUCCAUUAUGCUGACCAAACAUGAGCGGUGAGUGUGUGAUUGAGUGCUCUGAGGCAUUAAUACACUGGCUUCAAGUCUGUGAGGGGAACAGCUGAAAAAACGCGUCUCACAGACGGACGUUCCCCUUUCAAACACCAACAGUUUUUCCAGUGGAGAUCCACCUUGUGGCUCCACUCCUGCUCACCUGCAAACUACAAGUCUCUCAUGAGCUUGUUUGCUGUGAGGCGGUGCGCUGGGCUCUACUGCUUGUAUAGUGAGCAGUGAAACAUUUCAUGUCCUGCGUGAGCUCACUCCGAGUUGUUUGGGCCGAUCCUGAUGUAUGGCCUUGCUUCAACAACUCUCCUCCUCCUCCACCUACUCAGCAGCAGAGCAUGUCAUUCUAGGAACCAUGCAAAUGUUGGUCUAGUUUGUGGUUCACUGGGAAAUGCCCCCCCACCCCACCCCCAGAUUUUAUGCCUGUGAGCUGAAGACUUUUUGAAGGUCCUUGGUGGAGAUCUUGUGAUGUUUCUUUACUCUGAGAUAAAAGAUAAGCCAGUGCUGCAUAAUUCUCCAUAAAUAUAUCUGAUCAAUUUUAAUGAGCGGGGGUGUUGAUGUUGGGUUUAUCGUGUGGGCGCCCAGCUGUGGGCUUGAUUUUGGAGUGAAUCAUAGUCUUCCAUAGCACUUUGAGGCAACAGUUUUGUUUAAUCAGUUGUUUAAUUUUUAGGAAAAUGUCUUAAAUUGCAACUAAAUCUGUCUUUUUUAAGUUGAUGUUUAUAAACUGGCUUGCAAUGCUUUGAAAAAUAUAUAUAUGAUAUACAUUUGCAGAUGUGAUAUACCUUUAAAUUCAAGCUCAUUUUGAGUCAAUGGUGUAAGUUUAAUUUAUUUUUAUACUCUUCUAUAUAGAAAAUAUAAAGACUGGCCCAAAUAUCUAUACACAGGCACAUAUUAACAUGAAUACAUAAAAUCUGGCAAAAUCUGUCAGUAUGUCAGGGACUGUUGAAAUAUGUAUGACAUGUUAUGGACGUCUUAUAUUACAAGUAGUCUUAGCGUAUGCUGCUGUCGUUACCUUAAUGUAGAAUCUGUGUAGUUGAUCUCCUGUGGGACUCCAAUAAAUACAGUAAAUGUGUCUUUAUUAUUGGUGGGGGAGCCUUAGCAGCAUGAAGAUGGCCGCCCCCUCCCCCCGAAUGGGCCAUUUCUCUUUUUCUACUUGUCCAGAACAUGGGAAUGGAUGCAGUCAGCAGGUUUUUUGUUUUUUGUUUUUUUCAGUCAGAAGAUGAAAACAACCUGGGUCAAAUAUUAUCUGCAAAUAUUCAUAGAGUUUGUUUUAGUAACUGAAGCAACAGAUUGGUGGGGUUCGACUCAAAUCAGCAGGUGUUUUUUUUGAUCAGCUUCACUAUGUUGUUACAUCAACACACAGUCAAAGUUGUUUUCGAAAAGUGUGAACUGCUGUGGUUCUUUAACAUGACUUUUUUUUUUCAUGUUGUGGAUUUUCGCCGCUCAUUAUCCAUGUAAAUUCCACCACUGGACGUUAGUGCAGUCCAUGUUGAUUCGUCUCAAACAGCCAGUGUCUGAACGUAGCGAGUUCUUUAUGUUGCUACUUUACCCCAGCUCCAAAUUAAUGAGGAUGUUGCUUCAUAACAGCUGGGUGUCUAAAUAAGCAACUGUUUGCUGUCAAGUCCACCCUGUCAAUUUUUUUAAUAGGUAGUGAUAGGUCAAUGUUGUGUUUUUUUUUUUUUUCGUAAAGUUUAUUUAUUUAUUUGAUAGGGGCAAUGCAAUUUAACAUAGUUUCAAAGCAGGGUAUGAAACUGUGUGUUGCACAGAGAGUUUAUAGCCAUUGCUAAUUCUCGACAUGUGUAAUGGAAUCAAAACUGUCAAUAGCAAAAACAGCACAAAAAAGACAACACAAUUGAUAAUACCCUACAAUUAGCUAAAAACAUACACAACAAUAGUCUAAAUAGAGACAACAACAGCACAAGAAGCUACAAGUAGUCAACACAAAAAACAACUCUGGAUACAACUAUCACAACUUGUUUCCACUGCCCCCUAGUGGCCAAAAACAUCAGUUCAUGCAGGGUUAAGUGCACAACUACUUUUCUGUUUAGUUUUUCAGUUUUUUUUUUUUUCUCUCUCGCCUUUCUGGCACCUACACAAGCUAAAACAAACCACUAAAAGUAUUUGCGAGUGUGAUUUUGACUCAGGUGUUGAAAACAGUCAUUGUUUAGCCUGUUCCAUUUCCUGUUUUUCUCCUUCACACCUUUUUGACAUCCUUUAUAAAGUGGGACGGCAAGAGAGGAUGCUUCCGAUCUAUCAGGGAAUUUCUUCCAUGUUGACUGAAUUACUAGAGAAAUCCAAAUGUUUGCUUCUUCGACUUUUUCUUUCCACGUCCCGGUCUUGUAGUUUGAACGAUGCAGGCCCUUUAGACUUUUCAGGUGUGUACAGACUUAUAUGGGAAUGACGAAUUUAAAAAAAAAAAAAAAGGUAUUUGUCUGAUUAAGGAAGAGAGAGAUGGUGUUUAUGCAAUUUACUAUUUUUAAGAUCUAAUACAUGAUUUCUGUGUAGCAAGAAGGCUGGCUUAUGGUUUAACAGAUGUUUUCUUUGUAGGGGUGCUGCCUCCUUGUUUCUAAACAAAGGGGUUGCGAUCUGAGGAUGUUCACAUGCUAUGUAUUAGAAAACAUAUAUUUUUGAUGUCUUUUUUUUGAAUGAUGAUUGUCUCUAAAAGAACUAUUACAUAACAUUUUGCUGUAUUACUAUUAUUAAAACUCAUUCCAUACUAUUUUCCAUUUGAUUAGAAGUGGGAUGAAGGACGAAAUUACUUUUUAUCCUCACAUAUGAAGUAUUUACAGUUGUACUCUCUCGUAGUGUCCACUGCAAACUGUACUUCUCUCUCUAAAUGAUACCCUAACAUUGUGUGUGGCUAUACUGUUUGUUUGUGUCUGUUUGUCUGUGCGAGUGUGUGUGAGUGUGUGCCGAGCAAGUGUCUAGUAGACGAAGCUUAGGUUCAUGUCCUUUAAAGAUACAGUAAUGUUCUCCUAGAGGUGCAUGUUAACCAAACUGUGAGCAAGUUUAUUGACAAUGUGUAGCUUUUUUUGUGUAUGAAAACAUCAUAGCUACUCUAGAAACAUCACCUAGGUCUUCUGGUGAUUUAGCACUGUGGUUUUGCAUCUUACUCCAGUUAGUUAGGAAGGAUUUUUUUCCUCAAUCAGAUUUGAUUUAUCUGGAUGGGGACGAGACAGCGUUUGGCCGCUCUCCCCACUCUUUUGAAAACGUGUAAAACAUCUGAAUGUUUUGCAUUUUAAGUGCCCAUUUUAAUUGACAUCUUCAAAUCAUGAUUUGUGUGGUUUGAUUUCUCUGAAGUGGUGUCUACAUAUUGCUAUUUAAAAUGGUUCACAACGAGCAACUGAGAUAAACAAAAAGUAAGAUAUAAAGAGACAUUGAUUAAACUAUAAAGGGCUUCUUAAUCUAUUGGUCUUUAUUGAAUUGUGAUGACCUUGUUGCAUGUUUGUGUGUUUCUUGUGGAAAAAUAAAUGUGCCCCCGACGGGUAGUUUGUUUGA